UGGGUUUGGGGCUUGGGCCGGGGAUGCUGCGGCUGGGCGGACCUGUUGGGCUUGGGCGGUGGAGGAGGGAUGGCGAACGUGCGGGUGGCCGUGAGGGUCCGGCCCCUCAGCAAGAGGGAGACCAAAGAAGGGGGAAGAAUUAUUGUGGAAAUUGAUGGCAAAGUGGCAAAAAUCAGGAAUUUAAAGGUUGACAGUCGACCAGAUGGCUUUGGUGACUCCCGGGAGAAGGUCGUGGCAUUCGGCUUUGAUUACUGCUACUGGUCAGUCAACCCAGAGGAUCCCCAGUAUGCUUCUCAGGAUGUGGUAUUCCAGGAUUUGGGGACUGAAGUACUGUCUGGAGCUGCCAAAGGCUACAACAUAUGCCUUUUUGCCUAUGGGCAGACAGGCUCCGGGAAGACAUACACCAUGCUAGGGACCCCAGCCUCUGUUGGGCUGACACCACGGAUAUGUGAGGGUCUCUUCAUCAGGGAUGAAGACUAUGCCCCACCACCUUCCUCCUGUAGGAUAAAAGUGAGUUUCCUAGAAAUCUAUAAUGAACGGGUGCGGGAUCUGUUGAAGCGAUCUAAUAAAAAAAAGUCCUACCCUCUGCGGGUCAGGGAGCAUCCAGAGAUGGGGCCCUAUGUACAAGGUUUAUCUCAACAUGUAGUUACCAACUAUAAGCAAGUAAUUCAGCUCUUGGAGGAGGGAAUAGCAAACAGAAUCACAGCAGCCACCCAUGUUCAUGAGGCCAGCAGCAGAUCCCAUGCCAUCUUCACUAUCCACUAUACAAAGGCAAUCCUGGAGAACGACCUCCCCUCUGAAAUUGCUAGCAAGAUCAACCUUGUGGACCUAGCAGGCAGUGAGAGAGCGGAUCCCAGUUACUGUAAGGACCGGAUUACUGAAGGAGCCAACAUCAACAAGUCUCUUGUGACUCUGGGAAUUGUCAUCUCCACCUUAGCCCAGAACUCUCAAGUAUUCAGCAGCUGCCAGAGCCUCAGCAGCACAGCCAGUGAUGGUGGUGACAGUGGGAUCCCUAGCUCUCCUUCUGGGACCAGCAGUGGAUGGAGACCCUCCCGGAGGCAGUCUUACAUCCCAUAUCGGGACUCUGUGUUGACCUGGCUGCUGAAGGACAGCCUUGGAGGCAACUCCAAAACCAUCAUGGUUGCCACUGUGUCUCCUGCACACACUAGUUACAGUGAGACCAUGAGCACGCUGAGAUAUGCAUCCAAUGCCAAAAACAUCAUCAACAAGCCACGGGUAAAUGAGGAUGCAAAUGUAAAGCUGAUCAGAGAACUCAGGGAAGAGAUUGGGAGACUGAAAGCCAUGCUGCUGAGCUUCGAACUGAGAAACUUCAGUUCAUUGAAUGAGGAAAAGGAUGAAAAUCUGAAGGAGCUUGUUCUCCAAAAUGAGUUGAAGAUAGACCAGCUGACCAAAGACUGGACCCGGAAGUGGAACGAGUGGAAGGCCCUCAUGGAGCUUUACAGAGUGGACAUCAACAGGAGGAGGGCUGGGGUGGUCAUCGACUCCAGCCUGCCACACCUAAUGGCCUUGGAGGACGAUGUGCUCAGCACAGGUGUUGUGCUCUAUCACCUCAAGGAGGGGACAACAAAAAUAGGAAGGAUUGACUCAGACCAGGAACAGGACAUUGUCCUACAGGGUCAGUGGAUUGAGAGAGACCACUGCACUAUCACCAGUGCCUGUGGGGUAGUCGUUCUGCGGCCUGCCCGGGGGGCCCGCUGCACGGUCAAUGGCCGGGAGGUCACUGCCUCCUGCCGUCUGACUCAAGGAGCAGUCAUAACCCUGGGGAAAGCACAGAAGUUCCGAUUCAACCACCCAGCAGAGGCUGCUGUCCUUCGGCAGAGAAGGCAGGUCGGAGAGGCUGUUGUUGGCAGUGGCUCUUUGGAAUGGCUGGACUUGGAUGGAGAUGUCACCGCCUCCCGGUUGGGUCUCUGCUCUUUGCUUUGGAAGGAAAGGAGAGUGCUGGGAGAGCUGAGUGACGAUGACCACCAGCCGCUGAGGGCUGGAGAGACGCCCCACAGGGCCCAGAUUCAGCAGCAGCAGUGCCACGUGGGGGAUCUGAGGCAGCGAGUCCCGGCAGGACACAUUAGAGCCAAACAGGAACUGGAAAUCGACCAGGCGCACGUCAGCUGGCAGAUUAAAGACAGGUGUUUUUGGUUCUCAGACCAGCAGUGGCUGCUCAGAGAAGAGACUUGGCUGGCCAGGUUGCAACAGCAGCAACAGCAAGACCGUGUAGCAGAGAAAGAACUUGAGGCCUCUGUGCCAACUUAUGCCUGGCUUCAGACAGAUUCUGAGACUCAACCAUCCCAACUGGUCCGAAGCCAGAAGAGGGUGGAACGACGGCAGCUCCUGCGGAGACGCGCUCUUCGGGCAGCAGAGCGGAACAUCCAGCGAAGAAAGGUCUCGUUCCAGCUAGAGAGAAUCAUCAAGAAGCAGAGGCAACUGGAGGCCCAGAAGAGACUAGAGCAGCUCAAGGCAUUGUGCUGGCUCCAGAAUGACCGCCCCAAGAAGCUCCCUUACCAUGUCCCCAGUACCCCUGCCGUAGUCCCAGGGCCUCAACGUAGAAGCCAAUCAACAAGUUGCAGUUCUUUGAGCCUCCGAAGGCUCUGCAGCCGGUACUUGCCCCAGCUACGCAGUGUUUUCCUGAAUUGGAAUCCCUCCACCACGUUACCUCCUGUGCUUGACCCUACUGACCAAAUACCAGAGAAAACCCCAUCAGAAGAGUAUUUGCCCCAAGCUGCUGCUUACCUUCCAAGGACAGGGUGUUUCAGCAAGAAUGCCCUCCGUUCCUCAGGCGAGGGGCAGCUCUGCACAGCCAGGGGGGCCUUGGCCAGGAAGGGAGCCUCAGCUCCAGACACCUGCCUCACUGUGAGCUCUGAGUCUGCCAGCAUCCAGGAAAUGGAGAGAGGGCGUAAGCAGCCCCGUCGGAUGGUGUCCCAGAGCUUAGCAUCUCUGGGCCAGUCAGCUAACAAGCUAAAGCCAAAGGAUGAGCCAGAGGCCCUCACCCCUUCCACCCAGACCAGGAGGGCUAAGGGACCAGCAGAGUCUGGCCACGCACCAGCAGAGUGGCGAAAAGAAGGGAACCUUAGGACCCACAAGCCUGCUAAGGGAGCCAGUUGCAGUUCCUCACAUCCCCGUGGACCUAAACAAGCAGCUGGGCAUGGAAAGCCAGCUAGGACUUUAUGCGCAGAAUCCAAACCACCUUCCCCAAACAGGGCAUCAAAAAGGCAGCAGAGGGUGCUGGCAGCUAGGGUCAGAGACAUUUCCAAAAAGUCCUCUUGUUUGCCUCAUGGCAGCUGUAUGAAGAGGCAACACAGUGCAGGGGGCCCAGACACGAUGGCUUCACUCACAGAUGCCAGCCCAGUAACGGAUCAUGCAAGAGAAAAUGAUGAUGAUUUAUCUGACACAGAUAGCAGUUACUCAGUGGAUUCUCUCUCCCAUGUCUAUGCCAAAGCCCUAACGGAGCCACAGAAACCAGAGGACCCCCAGGGGAAGGAGCGGGAUCUCCCAGAGCCAGAGAACUCCGAAAGCGAUGACAGCCAAAUAUCUGAGGACUCGCUAGCUGAGAAGGAGUACCAGAGCCCACAAGACAGCCCAGGGGGCAGUUGUCUCACCAACAGCCAGGGCCAUCCCAGGGCCAGAGCCAGAGCCUCUGUGAGGGGCUUCAGCACGUCCUCAGACAGUGGACUAUUUGCCCAAACCCACAGGAGCUUUUCCCUGGAUAGCCUAGUUGAUGCUGAGGAAGAACUAGGGGGAGAUCAAGAGGAACCCUUCUUCGGUUUAGCCGAUGAGAUGCCCACAGAGACUUUUUGGCACCUGCAGACCUCCAGUCUGCCUAUAGUGGACCAGGAGGCAAUGUGCAGGCUUGGUCCCAUCACCUACAGAACAGGAGCCAGGCUGGAUGCCAUCCUGCCAACGAGCAGUUCAUUUUACCUUGCUCUUCAGCCCCACUGUGAGCAGUCUGAGUCAGAGGUUGAGGCACAGUCCUCUGAACAGGCCAGCACUCUCCGAGGCAUGCAGCUUUCGAGAGGGAGCCCUCUGUUGUCCAUGGAUUCCUGGUUUUCCUGUGACUCCAAGAUCAAUCCCAGCAGCCCUCCAGGAGUAGUGGGUUCUUUAUGUCCAAGUCCUGAUGUCCAAGAAUUUCAGCGCUGUGGUUGGGAGAGGUCUGGGUACUGGCUAAAUAUGGAAGAAUUAAAGCCAACAGGUGCAGAAACAGUCCUGCCCUGUAGCCCCAGGCUGCUUCAGGGCGGUGCAAGAGAUGCAAACGCAGUCCCCGCUGUUGAUACGUCCAGGCUCUCACGCUGGGGGUCUCACAGGCUUCUCCAGCCAGGAGCUGAUGGCACCUUUCAGGCCAGAGGUAUCCCUGACAUGGCCCAGCAGGGUCACUCUGAAGCAUCUAGUGUGUCCAGCAUGUUGGCUGCCUCUGCUGCCUCGUUCACUCACGUAGGCAGCACACCUGAGAAGGACUGGACUGCCCUUCAGCAGAAGUACCUCUUUGAACUGUCUCAUCCUGUUUUGGAGGCUAUAGGAGAGCCCAGGCCAGCUUUCUCCUCCCUCAAGGAGGACUCUGGUUCCCUGACCCAAGCUCCUAUCAAAGGAGGAGAUACUCUAUUGCCAGUUGGUUCUGGGGUAUCUAGCAGUCUGGAUUUCAACAACUUUCCUAUCCAUCUAUCCAAAAUUAGGCAUUUGAGAGCAGAGAAAGAACAGGACAGUAUGAGUCUCGAGUUAGAAGAUACUUCAGAUUUCUUCACAACUAGUGAGAUAGAGGAGAGUAAUAGUGGAACUUACUCAGCAGACGUAGAAUCAUUGACUUCUGGAACUACAAAUGCACAGGUCUUUGCAGCAGAGAACAAGAUAGCAAAUUCCAUGGUAGAAGCACGUGAAGUCAAACAGAACAACUUGGAAGAGUCCUCCUCUCAAGGUAGCAGGAAGCCUGGACUGAUGACUUCCUCUGAUGAAUGUUCCCUCCCAAAGAAUCCUUGUCACAGUAAUGUCACCAUAGCCACCAAAGAAGACCAUUGGCCCCAAGGCUGCGCUCCUCUCAGGAAGAAUCGUGCAGGCCAGGAGGGGCAAUUAACUCACAAGAGCCACCACCCUCUGCAGGAAGAGAAAGCAGACUACCAGGAGAGCUCCAAGGAAGUAGGCAGGAGACACACCAAUCUUUCCUUUGCCUUUCCAUCAGGGCCAGAGCUGUCCCUCCAUUCUGCUCUCUGGAAUCCAUUCCCAUCUUCCCUGCAGCCACCUCUCUUGGAAACAUUCUAUGUGACCAAAAGCCGGGAUGUCCUGACAGAAACUGCCUUAGAGAUCCCGGCUUGCAGAGAAGCGAGAGUGCCUUCCCCACCCCCCAGGGAAGCCUGGGGCUUUGGUUAUGACCACCAAGUCCUCCAAAAUGUUUAUUUGAAGAAUAAUUUGCCAGUGUUGUUACAAAACCAGAAUUCCAAGAUUGCUUCAUCUCAGCAGGUCACAACACAGAGGCCAAUUGAUCUGAACACCAAGGAAGUUAGCAGAGAAACAGGGAAAUGCCUUGGAAAUGUUAAAGAAGAAAGCCAUAAUUCGGAUUACUUUUUUGUUGCCCAGAACAGACAUUUUCUUCCAUCUACCAGCACAAAAGUGGGUGAAUUUGAAAGUCAAGUUGGAAUUUUAAAUAAACACAGUCUUCCAGCCCUCAAGGAGGGAGAAAAGGCCACUGUACAAUCCUAUUGCAAUGUUUCCUCACACAGUUCUGGGUCUUGGAAGCCUCUCCUUGUUUGUGAAUCUGAAGCAGGUGGGGAAGAAGAGCAGCAUCAGAAUGCAGUCCUAAGACAGACCCAGGCCUUUGGCACCAACAGACAGUUUCCUUCUGGGGCCAAGUCUGAUUUCGUGUAUAAAACCAUCAAUUUAGGCCUUGACAAGGACAUGCUAGGGGAAACUGCUCUUUCUUUGAAGUCCAGAUCAGUACAUCAUAGAGUCAGCAGCCCAGAGAAAAUGACCCGGGAUGAGAGUCCAACCCACAAGGAGGAAGGGAAGAAUGAAACUGGGCUUCUUGGAAAAGCUCUCCAUCCCAAAGACAGCUCAGAAGAGGGUAAGCUUCCAUGGACAGAGUUUACAUAUGAAAGAUUCCAGUCGGUUGCAUGCUCUCAGGAAAGAAACCCCAAUGAAUGCAAGGGCCCUGGACAGUCACAAGAAAUGUUAAACACCAAAGAAGAACUUUCUGGAAAGAAACAGAAUAAAAGAGUUAAUAAUGCUGAUGAAAUGGCUAGGCUAAUUAGGAGUGUAAUGCAGCUGGAAAAUGGCAUCUUGGAAAUCGAAUCCAAGCAGAAUAAGCAGCUCUGUGUUUCCAACACACUGGGAGUCAGUAAGGAGUUUGUGAUCCAGGACCAGAAGGACCAGGAGAUGGCUGACCAUGAACCGGUGCCAAUCAGGCACUUUUCCUUCAAGGAUCAGCCAUCUUCUCCAAAACAGACAGAUGAUGUUAUCUUUAGGGAUGGUGAAGAUGGAGAAAUGGGGGUUGAUAGUAGCAGUGGGAAGGAUCCCCAGGUACGGAAAAUCACCCUGAGCCCCUUCCAGUCAAGGGAGUGUAUACAAGAUGUUAAAUUUGUGAGAGAGCAUACCCACCCAGCUGUAUUAGACAGACCCACUAAGGAUACUUGUGAUUAUUUAGGGACAUGUACAGCUCACAGAGAGUCCACCAACACUUCUGUUAAUCCAAGGAGAAUGAAAGCAUUGGCUAGAGCUCUGCCAUUGCAGUCCAGGCCCAACAAGUCUUCUGAGAAGGAGGGUAAGUUGGUGAAUGCAUCAGCAAGCCCCAAAGGGGAGCCCUGUGGCUUGGGAAGUCUGGAGGAAUUGGAGACCGUGAAAGGCUUUCAGGAAAGCCACGUUGCCAAGUGCGUAAGUAGUUCUAAGCAAGAGGAGCCAAAAGUUCAAGGCAGAGUUGACAAAAUGGCUGUGCAAAGAGGAGGGAGCCUACAGGAAGAAAACAAAAUGAUCUCAUUGAUUCAGAAACUUCCUAGUCCAAGCCAGCAUUGUAUGGGCACAUUUUUCAGCCAGGAGACUGGCCCACUGCCAAGCCAGCCAGGCUUCUCUAGGGCUCCUCAUCAAGACCUGAGUAAUACCUUGCCCUUGAAUUCUCCAAGGCUGCCGAGAAGCUAUCCUCUUGCAUCUGAUAGUAUAGGCAACUCUUCAGUUGACUAUGUGUUGGAUCCCACAAUGUUGAAAAUGUCUGACUCUCCCUUGGUAACUGAAGCAGUGUGCCAGGACCAGAGUGGAGAGCCCAGAAGCCGCAGCCCUCAGGGAACUGUUGCAGGUGGCUCCUCCAUAGUACACUCUGCUUGGUGUGGGUCUGCGAUAUCCAUGGCCAUGGGAUCUCGUGGUCAAUCCAGUGUACCAGAGAGCAUUCCCCUGGGGGCAGAGGGCAGGCGAUCAGCCAGCACCAGUCCCCAGGACCAUGGAGAGAACCUCAGAAACACCUUGAUGGGCUUGAGUACCAGGGUGGGUUCUGCUCCUGAAGAUGAGGCAGCUGUACAAGGAGGAACAAAUAGAGCCAGUUCCCUGAACAGGGUCUCUAGCCCGCUUGAAGUGAGAGCCAGCUGCCUCUUAGAGGAGGGUAACGACCAAGGCAGGGAGGUGAGGCAGAAGGCAGAGGAGGUGGCCGAGGACCUCAGUCCUACCAGUGGUGCUUUCUCAGCCCCCGUGUCCCUGCCAACGGUGCCUCACUUGGAGCCCUCUGCCCCUACCUCCACGGGCCUGGCUAUGUUGGAGGAGACCAGCCAGGCAAAGGCCCAGGGAAAGCAGCUUCAUGACUUGGUGGUUGGGGACACAGUCCUUCCUUACUAUGAGACUUUGUUAGAACCUGAAUGUUCUUCAAGGGCCCCUGGCAGGCCUCAGUGUCAACAAAUGGACCCAUCAGUGUUAGACAUGACCAGGAAUGAGGGUGAAGUGCAGGGAUUUCAUGUGGCGUCUCUUUCUGCUGAACCAGGACAUCUGUUGACUGAUGAGAGGAAAGUCCUUCAGGCCACACUCCUCUCUGCAGACAGCUUUCAACCUCUGACCAACACUGAAACUAAUACAAGGCCAUGCCAUCCCUCACAGACUUCCUCCCAUGCUGACCCAGUUCUGGGCGAAAUCCACUGUACUGGAGAACUGAGACAUUUCCUGGGAGCACGUGAACAGUUUCUGUGUCACUUUAGCUCUUCUGAAAUCAUAGAGAAAAAGAAAGAAGCAACCAGAACACCUUCCUCUGCUGAUCCUUUGGGCUCAGACAGUCUUCCUCAUUCAACAGCUGUAGAGGACGACAGGAGGGUAAUACCAGAGAAAGUAGUGGCUGCCUUACCUUCUCAGGCCCUUUCUGAUCAUCCUGGAGUGAUUCCACAUGGGCAAAGCCAGUUAGCUCCACGGGAGACUGUAGAAGACGUGCCCCCUGGCAGUCAGGAGAGCAGCCUGGCGCACAAAGAGCCUAGAACUCUAGACACCACAUUUGGAGGAGAUUCAGGUAACUUCUUACUGGCUGCACAGGGAGAGAAAAAAACCUAUUUUGAAAGUCAGCUUGUGAUCUGUGAUGUUCAGAAUUCUGCCAGUCUCCCAGGGCCUAAACAAGACCAUGUCCAAUGCCUUGAGGCUUCCACCAGCUUAGAAGGGAGAGCAAGUCCCAAACAAGGUCCUGUCCUGCCUGGAGCCCUGAGAAGGGGUGAACUGGAAGCUCCCUUGCAGCAAUGUGUGGAGUGGAAGGGGAGUGUUGGCUCUGGGCAGCCAGAAGCCUGCAGGGCUGGCAGCGAACAUCCCAGGCCACCUCCAUUGCCAGAUCAAAGACCUAGCCCAGAUCCUGGAGGAGUUAGGGAGGAGGCCCCAUGUAGAUGCUCACAGGAAACCUUAGAUUGUGUUGUCUUCUCAGGGAGCGUUGAAGGCAGCAGGACUGAGAGCCCAUCUCGGGGGCAAGAAGACAGCAGAAUUCUUCCUUGCCGACAACCUUGUGGUCCUCAACCCAUUGCUUCUCAUGCCUGUUUCUCCCCUUCUUCCACUUUACUGUGUUAUAGAGAUGGUGACCUGGGGAAAGGGACUUCCAAGGCUGCCCCACACACUCUCCACCCACCUCUACCUUCCAUGGCCUGUGGAAUGGAUGAGAGAGGAGAGAGCAAUCCCAGGGAAGCUGGAAUGCUCUUGGCAUGUGGCCUUGAACCCAAAGGCAUUAAUGUGGAAUUUGGGGCAAGUGACAGCAGCACUCUGGAGCCUUCCACUAAUGCUGCUGUCCUACCUCUGGCUCAAGGCUGCAGCUCCCCUGCUGCCCCUGAGGUGGGGACAAGUGCCCUCAGCCACACAGUUGCUGCUACAAGCUCAGGGUCAGUAGGGGAUCCCAAGAAAAGGAUUGCUGAGAAAGCCAUAAUGGAGCUUGAGGCUGCCCCCUUCCCUGCAGGCAUGUACUCUGACCCGCUGAGGAAAUUUCAGGACAGCCCUGUAGGUGGCCAGAAUGCACAGGAGUCUCAAACCAAGCCAGAACCACCUGUAACAACUGGGAGAUCACACACUCUGAAUUUAAGUGAAGGGUUUGUUGAGAGUGAGUUGCUGGUGGAACCACAGCAUGGCUGUUUAGAAAAUGCUGUCAGAUGUCUUCCAGAAAAGCCACAAUUUUCCGCUGAGUCCAGGAAUCACAGUGGUUUGGUUCCCCAAGCCAAGUUCACAGCAAAGUUAAAGCACAUGUCCAGUCCCCAGGCUGACAGUCCCUGGGAGGAGCAACAACAGCAGGGAUACCAGGCUUCAGGUGGUGGUGAAGAGCCUGCCCAGGGCAGGAGUCCCCCACGUUCCCAUGAAGGUGGCUUGGAUGGCUGUCAGAUUAGAGAUGCCAGCAGAGAGGAGGCGGCUGCGGCCAAGCCCAUGACGUUCUCAUCAGGCUUCAGAGAACCAGCCGCUGUCCCCUUGGGGCAGAGUGGAAUAACACAGCCUGCAGCCCAGAGCCCAGGCCAGCCCCCUUCUGUCAGGGAGCAGCCGGCUGCCCCCCACAGGUGCUCACUCCCUCUGAUUGCAGUCUUCUCUGGCCCCAAACACUCCAAGUCCUCCCCAAGACCACAGUUCUCUGUGGUCAGCUCUUCCCGGUCUCUUCAGGAGCUGAACUUGAGUGUGGAGCCUCCUUCCCCCACAGAUGAGGGUACAAAGGAGCCUAACAGAUCGUGGAACACAUGCCCCAGGGACUAUUCUUCAGGAAAGUCGGCCGCAAGAACAUCUCUGAAAAUGGAGGGCUGUGAUCAGAAAGCCUCGUCUAAUGUGGACAACAGCACUGCUGAUCACAGGCCCCUGCAACCUGCCACCCCUCCCUACCCAACGUCUGCAGCUGUUUCGUGUAUGCCAACCCCCGAUUUCAGGACCAGCUGGAUGUCUGGUACUCUGGAACAGGCCCAGCAGGAAAAGCUCAAGAGACAAGGUGGCCAGGCCAGGCCAGAGAAGUGUCACUCCGAGGUGGAUAAAGGACUGUUGCACUUUGGCUCCAGUGAUGUCAAUCCUUAUGUCCUGCCCUGGUGGCCAGAGGGGCCUGCGCACGUUGGCUGGAAACAGUAUGUGUUUGGCAGUGCAGUCGAUGUCUCCUGUAGCCAGACACCCCAGGGCCUGAUACCAUCAAACACAGCCCGGUGCUCCAGCAUGGACAAUGGCCUAGAAAACCGGAACUCCCCAUUCCACUCCCACCUCAGCACCCAUGCCAAUGCCCGGGGCCUGUCGAGCACGCACAGCAGCAUUGAAAAUGCCCAAGGUUCACAUGAGGCCUGGGAAGUAUGGGGUUCCUCAUCUGCCUUGGGGAACUCCCAUGUCCUGACUGACCCUGAAGGAGCAGCCCCCGCUAAGGGUCCUGACCCGAGAGCCCAGUUCCCGGGUACCCUUGAUGAAGCAGGCUGUCUGAGGAGUGAGCCCCCUUUGGCUGAAGGAAGUGCUGGAGGUCCACUGGAUGAGAUUAUGCUGCUGUAUCCAUCAGAGGUGGGCGGCCCGGUGGAGCAGUCCAGGAUGAACACCUUGGAGCAGGGCACACAGACCCAAGGCUGCAGGCUCCAUUGGAGCUACACCGACAUCUCCUCUGCUCAUUCAGAAGCCAGUGCAGUGCCGGUCUCUGAUCUGUCCACUUGGGCUAGCAUGCACAACCUGUCUCUCCACCUCGCGCAGCUCCUGCACAGUACCUCGGAGCUGCUGGGGAGUCUCUCCCAGCCAAGUGUGACUGAAAAGGAGCAGAAUACCAAGAGGGAGACCCCAGAUGAGGCACCCCAGGUCCUUAUGAUGGACACCUAUACACAGACCACUGUGGAUGAGGGGGUCCAGACUGACCUGGCCUCACCACCUCUGCGCCUCCAGGCCCCAGAGGCCAACCCUCAGGAGGUCAAUGUGGUCCUUGAAGUGCUGGGCACAGAUAUCUCCACCACAUCUCAAGAAAAGGGACAUGUCCUAGGGACACUUCAGAAGAGAGAGGCAGAGGAAACAGCAUGGAAGACGGCAGGGCCCCCAGAUCCUCAGGCAGAAAGCCCCGACUGCAGGCCCCAGAGCCCCCCAGGACCCUCAUCCCACUUGAGGUUUCAGAAGGCCUCCUCUGGACAGAACCUCCCUUCCGUGAGCCCCCAGGCUUCCCCUGAUGUCUCCCUGCCUCCCAGCUCCCAGCCAGAGGAACUGUCCUGCUUGGCUGUGAGCAGCCCCAACCUCAGCAUCUCUCACUCCCCAGGGCCCUGCCCCAGUGCUGUGGAAUCUGUCGGGGAGCCUAGGGUUCAGAAGGAGCUGGGUCCCAUGAAUGCCUUGUUGGUGGACAGGGCCUCUUCCCCAAUUCUCACACUUAGUGCCAGCACCCAUGGCUUGGGGCUGUCCCCAGCCUCUUCGUCUCUUUCAGCCCCCUCAGCUCACCCUCUUGAAGACCAGCAAAAGCUUGUCUCCAGCCUAGACCUUCCCCUUGAUGCCCCCAGGCCUCCAAUGGAUAAUUAUUCUCAAACCACUGAUGAGUCAGGUGGCUCCCAGAGAGUGGGGGCUUUGUGUGGAGAAGACAGAAGUCCCUUAGAAAGGAGCAGUGGCAGGUCCUUUUUUGAGAUGAGCUCCCCCGGCAGCCCACAGCAGAGCCCGAAACUCCAAGUUCAUUUCUUAGAGCAGCCCCCUCAACAGCUUCAGCCCAGGACCACCACCUGGGUCCAAAGCAGACUGCCGCCUCCACCACUGAGGAGCAGGAGCCAGAGGCUGGCCGAUGGCUUUGUGCCUGAGGACAUGGCUUCCCUGGAGUGUGGCCCACUGAGCAGUAGGGGGCUGAGUCAAGGCCAGAGCAAGACAGAAAAUGGGAGUGAGAGUUCAUCAUCGCUAAUGGAGCCACAAGCCACUCUGGACAUUUCCUCUUCGCGGGCAGGCCUCCCACACCUUAGCCCCUGUCAUGUCUUUAAGUUAACUGAUACCACAGGGCUCCAGGGUUCCACCUUGGGCCCGACUGAGGCCUACCACCCUGAGGGGCUGCUGCACCCCAGGUCCCAGAUGCACAUGGCCCCUGAGCCCCAGCAUCACAGCCUGAAGGACCUCCCAAUGCACAACAAAUUUAGUAAUUGGUGUGGGGUUCAGGAUGGCUCUCCUGGGGGGCUAGGUAUGAUGGAGUUGCUGGGGACCAGAUGUGACCUCAGCUCUGAAGAGCAAGCACAGAGGCCCCCACAGCCUCCUAACGACCAGAUUCAGGAUCCUGAGUGGUCCCGGAAGGAACAAAUUCCCCUGCAAGUUGGGGCCCAGAACCUCUCACUCAGCGUGGAGCUCACAGAAGCGAAACUGCACCGCGGCUUUGGGGAGACUGAUGCCCUGCUGCGGGUGCUGCAGAGUGGGACCGGGGAGGCACUCACGGCCGACGAGCCUGUGCUGUCCACCUGGGAGGAGCUCUAUGCCCGGCAAAAACAAACCAUUGAGACUCUCCGGAGAGAGCGGGCUGAGCGACUUCAGAACUUCCGCCGGACACGAAGCCUCAGCCCCCAGAAACAACUGAGCCUCCUGCCUAACAGAGAUCUGCCCAGCCGAGACCUUGACUUACCCAGUAGGCGUCGAGAAUACCUGCAGCAACUGAGGAAGGAUGUUGUGGAGACCACCAGGAGUCCAGGGUCGGCAUCGAGGUCUGCUCACCCACCCUCUGACAUAGAGCUGAUGCUACGAGAAUAUCAGCGGGUCCGUGAGGCGUCCAAGGUGGAGAUUGCCCAGGCCCGGGCCCGACUGCAGGAGCAGACUGAACAGGAGAAGCUGAGAAUCCACCAGCAGAUCAUCUCCCAGCUGCUGAGGGAAGAGGAAAAGCUACAUACCCUGGCCACCUCCAGCUCCCUGUGCACCAGCUCCAAUGGAAGCCUCUCCUCCGGUGUCACCUCUGGUUACAAUAGCAGCCCAGCCUUUCCAGGCCAGCUCCAGUCCCCAGACAGUGUGAUCUGCACUUACAGAGUAGCCACUAACACAGAUUAUGGUGAUGCAUUUUUGGCAAGAAUACCACAGAAACGAUGUGCCCUUCUCAGUUGGGAUUGCCAGGGUGACACAAACUGGCCUGAUUCCCGAGACUCCUGGACAGGGGAUGUACGGGGCCGUUCUGCAGUAAGGGACAGUCACCUGAAUCAGGCCGGGUCCACCUGGAGGACCUUAGCCUACAGCCGCAGAGCCUCCCGGGGCAGUUGCUGUUCUCCAUCCAGCCUGUCCAGCCUGGGAACCUGCUCCUCCUCCUCCUACCAGGACUUGGCCAAGCACAUCGUGGACAUCUCUAUGGCGGAUGUAAUGGCUGCUUGCUCAGAUGAUCUGCACAACCUCUUCAGCCACCAGGCAGCAGCUGGCUGGAACUAUCAGGGUGAGGAGCAGGAGGUGCAGCUCUACUACAAGGUGUUUUCUUCUACUCGGCAUGGCUUCCUGGGGGCAGGCGUGGUGGCCCAGCCGCUGUCUCACGUGUGGGCAGCUGUGAGUGACCCCACCCUGUGGCCCCUGUACCACAAGCCCAUCCAGACAGCGCGGCUGCAUCGGCGGGUAACCAAGAGCAUCAACCUGGUGUACUUGGUGUGCAAUACUGCCCUGUGUGCCCUGAAGCAGCCACGGGAUUUCUGUUGUGUCUGUGUGGAAGCCAAAGAGGGGCAACUGUCUAUCAUGGCAGCUCAGUCUGUGUAUGACACAUCCAUGCCAAGACCCAGCAGAGAGAUGGUCCGAGGGGAGAUCCUGCCCAGUGCCUGGAUCCUGCAGCCGCUCACCGUGGAAGGGAAGGAAAUCACCAGAGUCAUCUACUUGGCCCAGGUAGAACUUGGAGCUCCAGGCUUUCCUGCUCAGUGCCUAAGUUCCUUCAUCAAACAGCAGCCACUGGUUAUAGCCAGACUGGCUUCCUUCCUUGGUAGUUAGCAUCUCACCGUCAAGAUGGUGCUGCUGAGAUGCAGGCCCGGGACACUCCAAAGAUGCUGGGGCAGCUCUUGUUACCCUCUAUACCCUGAUGCCAGAAUUGUUGAGGCUACCUGCUGUGGCCGACUGGACAGACAGCACUCUCAGCCCUGAGUUGCCAGUGAAGCCCAGUCAGUACUUGGUCACGGCCGGCCCCUCUGCAGAGUGAGGGGGCCAGAGUGCCUGGCCCUGGCUGUCCAGAGUGAAUGAAGCUCAACUCACCUUUCUGGAUUUCUCUCACCUUUCUUUCCUGUCUCUGGGAUCCUAUGGCAGAUGAGCUGCUCGAGGACCAGGACUGGGCACAGCCAGCUGAGCUGGGAGAAUGCAGUGCUGUCUGCAGUACGGUGCUUUGUUAGUUUGGCCCAGCCCUCAGGCUGGUAGGGAAGCAAACAACCAUUGGCCAAGACUCUGCUCAGAAUCUGCCUUCAGCAUUCAGUUCCACUGUGGGAUGGAGUGUUAGAAAAUACCAAAACAGAAAAACAUUUUAAAAAACAGCUGCAAAACCAGAACAUUGAUUCAGAAUUGUUUCUCCUUCUUGAAUUUUUACAAAAUGCUUUAUUAUUAACUUUUGCUCCCCCCGCCAUCCCCUGCCUUUCCCUCACAGGAGAGGACAUUUGGGUCUUUGCCUCAGUCAGGAGUACUGAGCAGUGGUCUGUCAUGGAGCCGUCACUCCAGAGCUCUGUAGAAUGGGAAGACCACUGUAGAAGCAAGUGGGACAGAUUAGGGGGCAGGGGAGGGGCCGAGUUCUUUGAGGACUGGGGUGGUCGUGGGUGGGCAGCCAGAAGCUGGCUGCUGACAAGGCAAGAGGAAUUGCAAAGAGGUGAAAAAUUGCCUUUUGAAGACAGGAGAGAAGAUAAUGGGACCCCCAGAGGAGGUAAGUGACUUGUUAGGAGGAAGCCGAGUUCCGUUCCUUACCUCCCUCAGAGCUUGGUCCGGCCUUCAGUGGUCUCGUGAGCAUUCCACGCUGCCGCUUUAGGCCCACCUGUUCUCGGAUGGGAUGGAGAAUGGGUUCAGUUUUCUUGUACCUUAGCCUGACUGAAGUUGGGUUUUGAAUCUUCUGUGUGGUUCCCUGGAAGUGGUCGGGGGGAUGCCCGGCUUCAGUUCCGGUGCCCAGAGUCUUUGGUGAGAGAGGGCGAGCAUAUGGGGAUUGAAACAAUGUACAGCAGAGAUUUAUUUUUCUAAAAGUGUUUGCAGGGAUUUUUUUUUUCUUACCUCAGAUUGAGUUAUUUAUAUAUUAUUGAUUGAAGGUUUUUUAAAUUGCUUUUAAACUUUUAUUUUUCUGGUUAAUUUUUUUGGUGACACUUGAUAUAUUUAACACCCUAUUUAUGUACUCCCUUCUCUUUUCAUAUAAAUCUCUUACUAUUGAUUGAAAAGGUCGGAACACUUGCAAAUUACAAGUCCAGUGUAUACUUUUAUUUAGUGAAGACUACCCUGGGAUAGCCUAAGUGUGUCACUUGAGCUCAGAAUUUAGCCUGGAGAGAACGGUGGCAAUAACAACUCAUGGCCCAGUUUUAAGCUAUACAGUUCCACAUAUGUACCAAGUGCUUCCCAUGAGCUCAGCACUGCUUUGCAUGUAAAUAGCAACCAGAAUAGUUGCCCAAAUAUGGCCAGCUGUAGCCCAAAUAUGAACAGAGGGAGGAUUCCAGAACAGUCAUUGCCACACCUAACAGUGACUAUAGUCCCCUGGAAGGAAGCUCUUGAACAGGUGUGCACCCUUGGGGCUUCUGAGGCAGAGAGACAGCGAUGGGAAUCAGAACAUAUGGGUAGCCUGGAGGUGACCUUAUGCUCUUACUAGGGCAGCCACACAGGCCUGUGAAUCAGCAAUCUAAAGAAUACUAACUGAGGCUGAUCUUGUCGCAAAAUACAAAAGUGUGAAAGAUAAUCCAGGGACCUGGCUCUAAAUGAUCAUGAUGAAGUCAGAUUUUGGUUUAGACAGAUGGUUCUCAGACUUCAUUGUGGAUCAGAAUCACCUGAAAGACUUGUUACCCUCAGGCCGGGCCCCACCCGAGCUCCUGGUUGAGGAGCUCCUGGAGAGGGCCCCUGUAUUUGUAUUUCUGGGAACUCCCAGGUGACCACACUUUGAAAACCACUGUUUUAGACAAUUAGGAGAGAGCAGAUAUAUGGAAAGGAACCUAAUGAGUUCACUAGUUCAUUAGCUGCCUAAUUCCUGUCAUCUCACUGCCCAGAGUAGGGCUUUAAGGUUCACAAAGGCAAGGACUAAGUUUGCUUGACUGAGCCCAUGCUAAGUUUAACUGAGUGGGCCUCCGGUUUUCCUCUCUGCCUGCCCCCUCAUGCGGAGCAGGGUGUCUGAGGCACCUGCUGCUUACCUUGGGCCUCAGCUUCCUGGGGCAGUGCUUUCAUUCAGCCACACCUAAUGGGCGCAGAAAGAUAAAACAUUUCUUAACUGUUUCGGUUCCCAGGCAUUUAGAACUUCCCGACUUGCUGUAGCAUAAAUUGGAUUUAAAGGACAAAGAUAAAGGCCUUUGAAAUGAAGAAAUUAAGAAAAAAGGUCCAGAUGCAGAAACUGAAGAGUAACUGAGAUGCGCUGAGGGGAAGGCGCAGCCUGACUGGGCAGAAGCACCAUUACAAAGUGGUGAUUGAGAGACACCCCCAUAUUUUACUUUCUGUGCUUAUGGGACUCACUCUGAGUACGGGCCCCCACUGGAUUUACUAAGGUCACACAGCAGACCCCUCUAGGCCGAGAAUCUUACCCUUCCUUGGUCUGGAGACCUCUCUGACAGCUGUGAACUUUCCCCCCUAAAAAUGCAGACGUAUGCACAGAAAAGAUUUUGCAAGCCAUUGCAAGAGGGUCCACUGACUACCCUCUCCUUCCCCUGACAGAGGCCAAAUCGCUCUGUAUACACUGCCAACGUAGAAAAACCAGAUUUUACAGGAGGGAAUGUAACGCACAUUAUCAGGGUAGUUAGCUUUCUUAGUCACAAUCAAUGGAUCACUUAUAGACACGCACAACGCUUUUGUUCUGAGCCAAGUCAGACACCCCCCAGCCCUAACAAAACAAGCCUAUCUAUCUGGGAGUAUCUGGUGAGUGGAAACUUUGUACAUUAUCCUAAACCUUUCAAGGGAGUUGCAUGGAAGUCAGUU